UCUUCUUUUUUCCAGAAUACUGACUGUAUUUAUUUACAAAAUUAUUUAUGCAGAGCGAAGAGAGCUGGGCCAGGCACACACAUUCUGGAUGUCUUUAUAACCCCAAUUAGGAUGCUAAUUGAUCGAAUCAAUAUUUAUUUCAAUCGCAACGCAGCGCAGAUCGGUGCCCAACUCCAGUGCUCUUCAUUCUGGAAAGGUAUUGUGCCACUGCCAGACGCUUUUGAAAUGCAAUUGUUGACUUGGAUAUUUCUGCUAGGCUGGUUUCUGCGUUUAGCCAGUGGUGCCUACGAAACUGUGGUUCCUUCUUUGGGUCAAAAUAUUACGGAAUUCUUACACGCCCGACAGAAGCGCCAUCAAUUGAUCUAUAGGAAUGGUGGCACCAUCCGCUUGGUGGUGGGUCCAGUGUUGGCCACCCAACUGGAGGACCCGGUGACCUGGCGCAGUAUGGUCUACUAUUAUGUGCUCCACUUUGGAGCAUUUACCUUGCCAUCGGCUCCACUUUACCCGUGGGACAAAUGGGAGACCAUCUAUCAGCGAUCUCUUCAGGAAAAGAUCAGGAGCUUGGACGAAACGCAUGAGGAUGACACCCGAGUGUUUGUCUAUGCUGCCUUGGAGAAGUACAUGGACCAAGUCAGUGGAACGGUGGGUCAAGGUCGUCAGUGUUUGCUACGCGGGAUCUGUGAAAAUGCCCAGGUACAACAUCAUGUGGGAAUCAUGUCGGAACUGCUCAACGUUCUGCUAACACCUGGUAAAACGCGUAUGGAUGUGGCCUAUACAGAUGCUUUAAGAGCAGGACGAGCUGGCAUCGACUGCUUGGAUCAAUUUCCGGCUUGUCCAAGGGGUGAGAGCGUUCUGGAUGCCUAUACAGUUGAAGUGGAUUACUAACAUUUCA